AUGGGCUCCGUAUCAUUUCCCGCGUCCUCGGAACCUCCCAAGCCCUGGGUUGAAACCCCCCUCAUCUAUUCUGCCCAACUAUCCAACGCCGCUGGGUGUAACAUCUAUCUCAAACUCGAGAAUGUUCAGCCUUCGGGGUCCUUCAAGUCUCGCGGCAUAGGCAACAUGAUGCUCCGCUCCACCCUCCCUUCUCCCCCUUCCUCCCCAAAAAUCCAUUUCUUCUGCUCCUCCGCCGGCAACGCCGGUCUCGCCUGCGCCACCACCGCCCACACAUUGGCUUGUCCAGCAACCAUCGUCGUGCCCACCUCUGCUCAGGAGCCCGUUUUGCGUCGACUUCGCGGACUAGGUGCUACGGUGGUGAUCCAUGGUAGUUCGUGGUUUGAGGCUGAUACCCACCUUCGCGAAGGGGAAAAGACACAAAAGAAGACGAAGCAAGUCUACGUUCCCCCCUUCGACCACGAAGAUAUCUGGUCUGGAGCAGCCACCUUGAUGGACGAAGUCGCUGAGCAAAUGCGCGUCGUGCACCGGGCCUAUGUCGAUGCCGUGGUGUGUAACGUUGGUGGUGGCGGGUUGUUGAAUGGCAUCAUGGAGGGCGUUUGGGAAGUGGGAGGUGGAAAGGAGCCGAGGGUUCUUGCGAUCGAAACAGUCGGCGCCGAUAGUUUCAACCAGUCAGUCAAGGCGGGCGAGCUGGUCAAGAUGAAGCAGAUCACGAGCAUUGCGUCGAGCUUGGGCGCGGUGCAAGUCUCGAAGAAGACGUGGGAGUGGAGCCAGAUGGUUGGCGGGGAGAACUUGGUCAGCGCGACGGUGACGGAUGCGGAGGCGGCCAUGGCGAGUGUCAGGUUUGCGGAUGAGCAUCGGAUGUUGGUGGAGGUAAGCUGUGGCGCGACGUUGGCAACGGCGUAUAAUGGGGAUUUGAGGAGGUAUCUUGGGAAGGGGUUGAGUGACGAGGAGUGGCGGAAUGUUAACGUUGUUAUGGUGGUUUGUGGUGGAAGUCAUGUUAGUGUGGACGUGUUGAAGGCGUAUAGGGAGAAGUAUGGGCCGGAAAUUGUCUGGGCUUGAUGUUGAGGGUAACCAAACGGUUUAUGGGUGGAUGGAUGGAUGGAUGGAAGAAAAGCAAAAAGCACGAUAUGGGGCGUUAAUGGGUCUCUCUUUGGUUGUGUCAAUCGGUGCUUUUCCUCAUGUAGGUCACUUUGCGGUCUGAAUGGCAACCUUGACCACUCAUCAGCGAGUGGAAUCAGAUUAAGUCGUCUCGAUUAAGUCUUCAGUCUUCCCUU